CUCAGGCGCGCUCCUCGGACCUCCGGUCCGGGGGCGGGGGCGGGGGCGGGGGCGCGGAGAGCCCUGGGGGCGGCGCCCCCUUCGCGGGCAGCAGUGGAUCCUCCACCUUGCUGCAGGCCGACGUGCUCGAUUUGGAGGAGGACGAGGAUGACCUGGAGGUGUUCAGUAAGAGGCUGAAAAGUUCAAGAGCAAGGUGCUGCCAACAGGUUUGGUGUCUGGAUGCUUCAUUGAUGGACAUGAACUCCUUCAGUCCGAUGAUGCCAACAUCCCCUCUAUCGAUGAUAAACCAAAUCAAGUUUGAAGAUGAGACAGAUUUAAAGGAUCUCUUCAUUACAGUUGAUGCACCUGAAAGCCAUGUUACUACAAUAGAAACUUUUAUUACUUACAGGAUUAUAACUAAGACGUCUCGUGGGGAAUUUGACUCCAGUGAAUUUGAAGUUAGGAGACGUUAUCAAGAUUUCCUUUGGUUGAAGGGAAAACUUGAAGAAGUACACCCCACUCUGAUUAUUCCACCAUUGCCAGAAAAGUUUAUAGUGAAAGGAAUGGUCGACCGAUUUAACGAUGACUUCAUUGAGACCCGCAGGAAAGCAUUGCAUAAAUUUUUGAAUAGAAUUGCUGAUCAUCCAACUUUAACAUUUAAUGAAGACUUCAAGAUUUUUCUCACUGCACAAGCUUGGGUAAAAAUUUUGAUUUCUACUCAUAAAAACCGCCCAGAGGAAUUCAUGGAAAUGAAUAACUUUAUUGAAAUAUUUAGUCAGAAAAUUAAUUUAAUAGAUAAAAUAUCUCAGAGGAUUUACAAGGAAGAAAGGGACUAUUUUGAUGAAAUGAAAGAAUAUGGCCCCAUUCAUAUUCUGUGGUCGGCUUCAGAAGAAGAUCUGGUUGAUACUUUGAGAGGUGUUGCCAGCUGCAUUGACAAAUGUUGCAAAGCCACUGAAAAGCGCAUGUCUGGACUUUCUGAGGUCUUGCUUCCUGUCGUACAUGAAUAUGUGCUUUAUAGUGAAAUGUUAAUGGGUGUUAUGAAGAGAAGAGACCAAAUACAAGCAGAACUCGAUUCCAAAGUUGAAGCUUUGACCUAUAAAAAGGGAGAUCCUGAUCUGCUUACAGAAGAGAUUGGAAAACUUGAAGAUAAAGUAGAAUGUGCUAAUAAUGCCCUGAAAGCAGAUUGGGAAAGAUGGAAACUAAAUAUGCAAAAUGAUAUCAAGUCAGCAUUUACAGAUAUGGCUGAGGAGAAUAUCCACUAUUAUGAACAGUGCCUUGCUACGUGGGAGUCAUUCCUUACAUCACAGACUGACCUCCACUUGGAAGAAGACUCUGAAGAUAAACUUUAAUCCCAUAAGAUCUUCUAUUUGGUCUUUGGGAGACAGCAUCUAUCAACCAAAGUUAUUCUGUAAAGAUUGGCUGUGCCCUGUAUAAAGUGGAUGAAAAUGUUUCACACUGUCUGGAAAACCGACUGGAAAACUCAGGUAUUCCAGGUCAUUGACAUGAAUUUGGAUGUAUAUAUAGAGAAAUCUAUCUAUAUAGAUAUAUAGAUAUAUCUAUAUAUCUAUAUUAAGAGAGAUAGGUUUAGCUUAAUUUUAAUUAUGUUCUUAAAUUUAUGUGCCAAUAAUUGCAUAUAGAGAUUUUUUUCUUAACUAUUUGAUGUGGAAUAUUUCAUUUUAAAUAUGUUGUAAAGACUGAGUUUUAAUAAAAGGUUUAAUAUGAAA